UGACGUCAUUCCGGGCGAAUGUCAGUAUCUGGGAUGUUGUCUUCAGACGGCAGGUUAACCAGACAGACCUUUGCGCAUAAUCGGUGAGCCAACGAAGAAGAAAAGGGAGUUAGCGCUGGACGAUAACGUUUUUUUCGUACGUAGAAAAUGUAAGCCACGAGGGUAUAAUUAGAAAUUUUCGGAUAUGAGUUUCCUGCAUUGUCGUCGAGAGAACUGGACACGAUACUGCUUCCCAUAUCACGUGGAUCCUACGCCAAGGACAUUCGUUAUUAACAGUUUCCGAGCUCCAGCAAUUUCCUGCAAAUGCUCAACUAGAACGCUGAUCUCCGACUCAGAACAUUAAAACUGUAUUAUACUAUUUAAGGUGCGAAAUGUCACGCCACUCGAAAUUGGGAAUCGUCUUAUCCCUGUUCGUCUUUAGUCAGAUGAUCCUGCUUGCGGAUAACUCGCUGGUGGUGGAGACCAAGUCUGGUAAAGUCAGGGGUACGCGUGUCUUCACUCAAGAAGGAAGUAAGGUCAAAGUUUACUACGGUAUACCUUACGCCCAACCACCUGUUGGAAAUUUAAGAUUUCGUCAUCCCGUUCCCGUUAAACCGUGGAAGGACGUUUUGGACGCUACCGAAAAACCCUAUUCCUGUUGGCAGGUCAGAGACGAUCUUUUUGGCAACUUUUCCGGAUCCAAUAUGUGGAACCCUAACACGGAAAUGAACGAAGACUGUUUGAAACUUAACGUGUGGGUGCCGGAAAGUGACGUAGGAGAGGGACUGCUAGCCGUUAUGGUAUGGAUCUUCGGGGGUGGAUUUACCUCCGGCACGCCCACUUUAGACAUUUACAAUAGUGAAGUUUUAGCUUCGAUAGGUAACGUCGUGGUGGUGAGCAUAAACUAUCGAGUGGGAUCGUUGGGAUUUUUGUACUUCGGCCGAAAGGAUGCCCCAGGAAACGCUGGUAUUUUCGACCAAAUUUUGGCUCUGGAGUGGAUACAAAACAAUAUAAAACAAUUCGGAGGAGAUCCCGAUAGAGUCACUCUGUUCGGAGAGAGUGCGGGUGCGGCAUCGAUCAGCCUGCAUCACCUGUCUCAUCUGAGCAGACAUCUGUUCCAUAGAAUCGUCUUACAGAGCGGAGCGGCAGUUUCGUCGUGGGCCUUCAUGUCUGCCGACAGAGUAAAGGCCAACGGAUUCAAAUUGGCCCAACAACUCGGUUGCCCUCAUAAGAAAUCGCGGCUCGACUCUCUGAUGGAUUGCUUAAGAGAAAAGCAUCCCUCCGACGUCAUUAAAUCUCUAGAAGCUCCUGGCGUUAUGGAAUUAGUCGAAUUUCCGUUCGUUCCGAUCGUGGAUGGACAUUUUCUAAACAAAACACCGUCCGAACACAUACAACAAGGCGAUUUUAAAAUUUGCCCCGCCAUUGCCGGAAAUAACCACGAAGAAGGAUCCUACUUUCUUCUUUAUGGACUUCCAGACAACUUUCAUAAAGAAGAAACCAUUCACAUAUCUCAGAGCAACUUUACAGAAAUCGUUUCCCUCAGUUUUCCUCACUUUUCGCCUUUGAUCUUGUCCACCCUCGAAUUUCAGUACAAGGAUUGGUUGAACUUUGACGACUCCAAAGUCCUCGAUAGCUUAGACAAACUGGUAGGUGACAAAUAUUUCACUUGCCCGGUUAAUCAAGUGAUCAAAGCUCUGGCAAAAUACGAAUCGCACAUCUACUUAUUUUACUUCACGCAUCGAUCGUCUAACAAUCUUUGGCCACGUUGGAUGGGUGUUAUACACGGUGACGAGAUACCUUACGUAUUCGGGGAACCCUAUUUUCCUGGAAAGAGUUACACGAGCGAAGAGAAAGAACUCAGCAAGAAUAUGAUCAUUUAUUGGACAAACUUUGCCAAAAGUGGGGAUGUUAAUCUUCCCGUAAACGUUACCACGAUAUGGCCUCGGUACAAGAUCCACGAAGAGAAAUAUUUAGUUCUGAGCACGAAUCCAACCGUUAGAGAGGGACUAAGAACGAAAUAUUGUGCUUUUUGGAAUGAUUAUUUACCUCAAUUAGAAGCUAAAACAAGUUUACACGCCUCGUGUCAAACGAGUAAAGGACGUCUCGCGUCACUAUCACAUAGGAUGAUCAUUUUUUACAAUCUGAUCUGCGUUUUGAUCUACACCUUUUGCAGUUCCUAACAUAUCAUUUCCAAAUUAAUUAUAAUCAAUGUAUAUAUACGACAAAGAGCCAAAAACGUCAUUUAAUAUAAAGGAAAGUAUAAGGAAGCGAAAGAAAAAAUAUAUCAUCGUGCAGACACAAAAUCUUAGGAUUCUUCCGAGUAAUUUAUGUAUAAAAUCUUAAUUGUUUCUUCCCCCCAUUGUGGUGUAGUAUUGCAUUAUUAUUAUAAAUAAUCAUUCCAUCGAAUAAAUCCUAGUAUUACGCUUCUAUCAUCUAACUGUGAAGGGAAUCAAUCUGCAUAAUUAAUAUUUAAUUUAUAGAUCUAACAGUAAACCCAAUCGGAGCGAGGGAUGAAGGUGAGAAGAAUUAUGUUAAUAUAAUACUCAAGUUUAUUAUUUAAAGUAUAUUUUGCCUUAUUUUCGUUAGAUAAUUUUUUUUUGUUUAUUCUAAUAAUAAUAAUAAUUGUCGGCGUUAAUCUUUAAAAUAAAUAAAAUAAAAUUGUAGAUCAGCGCUAAAUCCUCGACAUUUUUUCGAUAAAAAUUGUCAAAUAAAACGUUUUACUUGGUUUUAAAUGUUUUGGUCGUGUCUUUAGAUUAAUUUUAAGCAUCUAAAUGAGAUAUUUUAAUAUAAAAAUUCCAGGCCUCGGGUGUUUUAAAAUGGUCGUUUAUUAUUGGCACCACCAAAGAAAUAAACUCUCCGCAAGAGAAAUUAGAUUAAUCUUUAAGAAAUACAAGGUUAAAUAAUGUGAAAUUAGCAAAAUUUGGCAUUAGAUUCUUUAAAAAAUCCGGCCUAUUUCGGUGUUUUUUUUUUUUUUAAGGUUUGGGAAGUCGCUAUCAAAAUGAAAUAUUGACAGAUGACAAGUACGAAAUCAGUUCUUCGAAAGGAAAUUACGUCAAACUUCCUGAUAUUAUUCACUUAAUAAUGUCAUAAACAACCAUUUGAUACAUUAGAAGCUUAAUAAAUCCACUUAUAUUAUUUAAAAAUUCAUCUCUGAUUUAAUUACAAAGUGAAUAAAUUUAUCGUCACUUCUUUCGAGCGGCAAGAAGCGCUCGAUACUGAUUUCUUACGGGUCGGGUGUGCAUUUUAUACGAUAACUUCGACCGUUUUUACGGGAAUUUUUUGUUUUUUUUUUUUAGAAAAUAACGCAAAAAAAUUGAUCUUUUAGAAUAAGAAAUCUUUUAUUUUUACGUCCAUAUUAAAACUAAGAAAUUUUAAGAUUUUUCAGCCUUUAGAACGAAGAUUUCGGGACUUAAAGAAAGCGAUAAAGUUUAUUUUUUUAAAAGUAUGGAAUAAAUUAUACGAAUUUUGUUAUAAUUUCGUCUAAAUUGACCGAAGUAACAACGGGGUUAACGUAUAAAUAGACUCAAUUCCGUCAUUCUCGAAGAGAUCCCUAGCGAAUUUGGGGAAAUUCUGGAGAUUUUUACGGUAAUUUCUUAAUAGCGUAGGGGAAAAUCCUUGACUAUUUGGAUGUAGAAUCGCGCGGAAACAGUUAGAUGAUUACUUUCGUCGAUAUCGAUUAUGCUCACGUAGAAAUUCCGAAAAUCGAUUCUUUGCAACGUGACACCCAUUGUAAAAUAAACACGUGGAUGAUAAUAUAAAAUCGUAUUGUAACAAAAUAUAAAGCAUACGUUUACGAAGAAAAUAAAGAAGAUAAUCGCGUUUAUUUAACAAAAAUAAAGGAAGGAAAUUGUAAUUUAAAACGAAAACAAAAUUUAUAAAGUCAACAUUCGGCGGCUCCUUGUAAAUAAAACGUAUUUUAAAUUUUUUUUUUAAAUUCUAAUAAAUGUAUUUAAAUAAUAAUCGUCUCCAUAUAA